GGACGGAGGGCCCGCGACGCCAUGGCUGCCGAGGGGGACGGGCGGCUCUUCGAGGCCCUGGUGCUGGGCGCCGGGAUCCAGGGCUCCUGCGCUGCCUACCACCUGGCCCGCCGGGGCUUGAAGACGCUCCUGCUGGAACAGUUCCCGCUACCCCACACCCGAGGAAGCUCCCACGGCCAAAGCCGGAUCGCCCGCAGCGCCUACCCGCAGGACGUCUACCUGGAGCUGAUGGCCGAAGCCAAGGGGCUCUGGGCCCAGUUGGAGGCCGAGGCCGGCACUCCGCUGCACAGGCCGAUGCUCGCCCUGCUGGUGGGACACCCGGAGAACGCCGAGUUCCAGAGCUACAGGCGGGCCAUGGAGCGCCAGCGGGUGCCAAGCGAGACCCUGAGCCCCCAGGAGUUGGCCAGCCGCUUCCCAGGGAUCCAGCCGUACGGCGGGGAGAUGGCCGUGACGGACCCCACGGCAGGCGUCCUGUAUGCCAGCAAGGCCCUGGGAGCUGUGCAG